AUGGACCAAGAAAUAAUGGAUACCUUCACCAUCACAGUCUCUGCCUCCUCAUCCUCCCCGAGCAGGCCAAGCCGGUACGAGAACCAGAAAAGGCGCGACUGGAACACUUUCUGCCACUACCUCCGCGCUCACCAGCCCCCGCUCUCCGUACCCCAGUGCCAGGGCUCCCACGUGGUGGACUUCCUCAGGUACCUUGACCAGUUCGGGAAGACAAAAGUCCACAUCCCCCACUGUCCCUUCUACGGCCACCCAAAUCCCCCGGCUUCUUGCCCUUGCCCCCUCCGCCAGGCCUGGGGCAGCCUCGACGCCCUAAUUGGCCGCCUCCGUGCUGCCUACGAGGAGAAUGGGGGCGUCCUCAAUGAUGCUUCGAACCCAUUUGGGGCCCGGCCCGUACGACUGUACCUGCGCGAGGUCCGGGACUCGCAGUCCCUGGCGAGAGGGGUUAGCUACGAUAAGAAGAAACGAAAGAGGCAGGCGGGCCAGAUGCAUGGGGCUGGGUUUAAUUAA